AUGGAUUCUGAAUAUAACCGGUGGCAGGAAACUGGAAAUCCUGCCAGCCAACAACUUCGACAUAUUGAAGCAUCAAUUAUGUUGAUUGUGAGUUUUUCAGAUAUUUUUUGAAAUAUGUUUAUUUUUUCAGACUGGAGUUAUUGGUGUAUCGUUAAACUCUCUUGUUAUAAUAUCAUUGUGGGGAAGAAAUACAGAAAAUUCCGGGUAUUUAAAAAUUAUAAUGGUGAAAGCAAUGGCGAAUAAUAUAAUCUGUUUUGGAUAUAUUAUUUGGCCUGUACCUGUAACCUACUUGUGAGUUCCUAAAUCUCAUAUUUUCUUUAAUUUUUCUUAUAUAUUCAGAGAUUCAUAUUUUCUUCCACAGUAUUUUAAUACAUUUAUGGGUCAAUUUCUUGGUUGGUUUGCAUGGACACUUGGACCAUUAACUCAACUUCUAAUGAAUGGAAAUCGUGUGAUGGCAGUGUUUUAUCCGAGUUAUUUUUCGAGAGAAUUUCGAUUCAACACAACUAAUGUUAGAAACUUUCAUUUUUUUUUCUUAAAAAAAACAAUUUUAAAAAUUUCCAGAUAAUGUUGACACUGUGUUUUUGUUUUUCUGGAUUUUUAUUCAGUAUUGGAAUGAUAUUUGAUGGCUGUCAAUAUAUGUUUCAAAGAACUUUGAUUGGUUGGAUUCAUAUGGAUUCGGAUUGUGGAAAUAAUUUAGCUCGAGCCUGCGUCAUUUCAAUGUUCCUCAUAAUAAUUGUCUCAAAUUGCUUCAAUUUUUCAAUUUUCAUCAAACUUGCCGCAUUCAGUAAAACAUUGAGCGAUGUUCAAGCAUCGAUUCGACGACGAAAACAUCGAAUUAUGUUGAUUCAAAGUGUUUGUCAAGAUUUAUUGAUUGUUCUCGAUACUUUUGAUACAACAAUAACAUCUAGAAAAUAUCCAAUAACACAAUUUCUGACAAUGUCAUUAUCUAUGGUAUUUUUCAGAAUGCUUGAAGGGUAGUGAUUUUCUUCAGAUUUCAGUUAUUUAUAAUUAUUAUUUUUGUAGAUUCAUAUUUUUGACAAUGAAUGAGAGAAUUCGAGAAGAAGCUAAACGAGUUAUUGGAACUCGUUUCAUUCAUUCUAAAUCUACACCAAAUACAUCUCGAAUAUCUACAAAUCCGUUAACUUUAUUUGUGAAAAGUGCUCGUACUUCCAAAGGUUUUUAGUGGCAAAUUUUGUUAUUCGUUUUCCUAAUCAACUUUUCUCUUUCUUUUUCUGUUUUCCACAGACAGACAUAGAACAAUUUUGAUUAUUUAUUCUGUAUUUAUUACAACUCCGGAAAAUAAAUAAGAGAUCAUAGAUGAUUACUGUUUUUCAUAAUCAUUUUUCACCAGAAUUUCGAAUUAUUGGUGGUACGGUAUUGAUUGUCAUCUGUAUUUUUUGCUUGUUUUCAAACAGUCUAGUUUUUCUAUCAUUAUGGAAACCAAUAACUUCAAUCGGUGGAUUUGCAAAAAUUUGUUUAGUCAAAAGUUGGGCUAACUUGAUAGUUUCGAUUGGAACAUUAAUGUGGCCAGUUCCAUGUAUUCUUCUGUAAGAUUUUUUUGAAAAUUGUUUUUUCAGCUCAAAAACUAUAGGAUUUCAGAAACAAAUAUUUCUUGCCAUUAUUUUAUGAUGUUGUUUUUGGUCAAAUUUUGGGAUGGUUCGCUUGCACAUUGGGUAGAAAACAUGAUAUUACUUUUUUUUUCGAAAACAAAAGUUUUUUAGCGCCUCUCACACAGAUUCUGUUAACAUCAAAUCGAGCAUUUGCUGUAUAUUUUCCUCAAUAUUUCAACAAGAAAUACAAUUACAAUCCAACAAAUAUUGGAAUCAUUGUUUCAAUUUUAUUAUCUUUAUCAUUUUCAAUUGCUGGUUUUCGAGAUGGUUGUCAUUUUCUGUAUUUAUUGGAUCGAUUAGGUUGGGCACCUGAAGAAUCACCGUGUGCUCAAAUAUUAUCUCGAUUUUUCUUGAUUUUUGUUUUCAGUAUGGCUGUUAUAUCCAACUCAUUUAAUAUUGCAGUUUUAUGGAAAUUGAUAUCUGAUUCGGUAUUUUGUUUUUGCGUAACAAUUCCAAAGAACAUACAAUGAACAAGUUUUUUAGAAAAAAAGUUUUCAGGCUCAAAUUCGAGUUUCAAACAACGAAACUAAACGUCGAAAAUCAAAUAGAAGAGCAAUGUUCAUUCAAAGUGUUCUUCAAGAUUGUCUCAAUCUUUUUCAUAUGUUGAAUACUACAAUGACUUUCAAAGUUUAUGACGCUGAUUGGUUUCGUUUUGCUUGUUUGAGUUGUUCAAUUGUUUUCGUUCGAAUGUUGGAAGGGUAA